AUGUCUUAUGUCGAAGAACCCAAUCCCAAAUCUCACAAAUGCUAUCGGUACCCAUCAGGACUGUUAUUAGGACUGCUAUUGCUACUUCUUCAAUCUUCACCGAGAAGAGUCUUCCAACACAACAUCAUCCCAAGAAUAAUCGCAACAACAACCCACAACACUUCCCAUCUCACCUCUCUCAAAUUCAACCCUCUACGCGCCUUCCUCCCCCUCACCUCACGCCCCUCCACCCCUGUAUCCCUCUUCAUCGGCAUUGUGGAGGAAAUGGGCACCGUCAAGCAUCUUGGCACCUCCCCACAUGGCAGCUUCGACCUCAAAAUCACGGCUUCCACCGUCCUCCACGGUGUCAACCUUGGCUACAGCAUCGCCGUCAACGAUACGUGCCUCACCGUCACAGAAUUCGACGUCAAAGUCUUCGACUUCAUGGUGGGGCCGUCGCCGGAGACGCUUCGGAAAACCUCCCUCUCGAAAUUAGAACCCGAUACGACGGUGAACCUGGAGCGGGCGAUUAUCCAAUCGAGUCGCAUGGAUUCAAGAGAAGCAAGAACUCUAUACUCAGCUUCAAUAGAGCUCCUGGAAACUAUUGAUUGCUUCUUAGCCUUCCAAGAGAUCAAGGAAUUACCAAGAAAAAUACAAUAG